AUUUUCUCAUAUAUUACACUUGCCACCGUGGUGAGAGGCAUUGGCAGGUUUUUGAUAUAUGAUCGGGUGACAAGAAUGAAACCGGCGUGGCUGCCAGUCCCAAGUGCAAAUGAUCCUCCAAUGAGGGUUUCCACCUGUGCUGCUUUAAGGAAACGUGCAUCAUAUAGAAGGCAUCCGAUACAUCAAAGUCUCCGACCACCAAACGCUCGUUAUCCGGGAGAUCGAAAUUAAUCCCAUCGAAUGCAAUUCGUCGUGGGUUCGUUUCUGCCUUGUUUCAGCAGAUACUCCCUGCUG